AUGAAAGUAUUUUGGUUGAAUUUCGUCUUUCUGCUGUACUGUGGUUGGGCGGCAGCAGAGAAAGUUAUGCGCCCCAGUUUUAAGGACGUUAAAGUUUGGAGUGAUGAGAAGUAUGUGACGCAUAAACUUGCCUUCGACCCAAAGGAUCCACAUCUUAACUUUACGCUGAAUGUUUUGAAGGAUCUCCACGAUGUUGACCUUCACACCCAGAUUCGCAUUGUUCAGAAAAAGGAUCCCACAUAUUUCUUCGCCACAAAUUCUACAAUGAAUUUCUGUCGCAUAAUUAGUUGGCGUAAUGCCUCUCCGAUCGGUGCACUUAUACAUACAUAUAUGAAGGAAUAUGGAAAUUUGAUUGAAAAGUGUCCAAUAGUGAAGGGUGAAUAUUUCAUACAUAGAUUCUGGUAUCCCGAGGAUGUGACCUUCGCCACCUUACCCGAAGUCGAUUUUGAAAUAAAUUUCUCCGCUUAUCACGUGGACGCCAGCAUGAAUCGUGAAAUGAUCAUCAACGAUCACAUCACCGGCGAAGGCACCGUGCACGAUGUGAACAAUGUGAAGCCGGGUCUCUUGGCGCUGUUGCCGAAAGUGGGUUAA